GUAAGGACUGCUCUGUGGGGGAACCUGCGGCUGUGCAGGGAGAAUUUGUGUUGCUAUGUGCCGCUUUGGAGCGCGGCUUGUCGGCACCGGUCGAAGCUCCUCACUCGGUGUCCGUGACCGCGCCGCACGGAGCAGGACUCUGCUGUAGACUGACGGUCUCUUCCAGAAUAUGCCUUAUCUCCAUGGUAACAGGCCUCAGGCAGACCCAGAACUGGGUCGAACGGGUCCAUCGUGGACCAACAGUUGUGAUCCCUGUCUUCACUGAAGAGGAUUUUUAUCAAGAAUUCUUCAAUUUAUGUCCACAGUGAUGAGAGACACAGUUCAUAUUCCUCCAUUUAACAUUUCUCCAGGAUGUCUAAAACACUUCCGUUUAGCGAAUAUUAAGUUUGUUUCCUAAGAAUAUCAAAUGAGACUUUCCGGGACCAUUAUGUCGGGGAUUUAUUUGUUUGCAUUCAAGGGAUCAUAAACCGGGAGACAGCAGACAAACACUGGUCUGAGAGGAGAACUCACCCUGGGCCAGGAUGCACCAGCUGUUCAGCCAGGUGCUGGGACAGAAGGAUCUGUCCAGAGCCGGAGACCUCUUCUCACUGGAGGACGCAGAGAUCGAAGACUGCCUGUCUCAGGCUCUGGAUCAGAUCAAGGCAAUCUCCUGCUCACCGGACUACUUGACCAAUGACAACGACCAGGCCGUGGUGGAGAUUUGCAUAACACGCAUCACCACCGCCAUAAGGGAGACGGGCUCCAUCGAGCGGCACAGCACCGCUCUGGUGGGACUGUGGGAGUCGUGUCUGGAACACAACCUCACGCCGCAAGGUGAAAGCACAGAGGACACGCCACACGCCAAGAUCGCUUCUGACAUCACCAGCUGCAUCCUGCAGAACUACAGCUGUCCCUCAGUCAUGGUGCUCGCGGUCCCGGUCGCCGUGCGGUUUCUCCAGAGAGGCAACAGGGAGCUGAGCAGGAACAUGUCCAGUUAUCUCUCUCUGGCAGCGAUCGCCAAGGCCGACCUGCUGGCUGAGCACACGGAGGCCAUCACAGUCAGUGUGCUGGGAGGUAACCACAUGCUGCUACGAGUGUUGCCUUCAGUCUACCCCCAACAGCCAGACACGAUCCACCGUCACCUUGGUAACCUGACCGCGAUGAUGUCACAGCUGGAGUCCCCCGAGCAACAACACCUAAUCAGACUCAUACAAAUGGUUGCGGAGCAACAUCCGCUUAUGCUGAGCCCUCAAGUGUCUGUGUUGGUCAGCUACCUGGCAGACCAGUCUUUGACCGAGGCCCUGCUGGGUGCGCUGGUGGACGUGUCGCAGGCAAGCCCUUCCUCUCUGGUCAGCUUCCUCCCGGCACUCAGGAUGGUGGGGCAGCAGUCUCCAGCUUUCCUGGGUCAUGUGGCCAAAGUCCACAGUGCCGUGGGCAUCAUCAGCGAGGCUCACGCUCACGGCUCGCUGGUGUACCUGGUGUCGCUUCUGGGCAGCAUGGAGCACAGCUUUCACCACACCCUGCUGCUGGAGAUCAGAGCCCUGACCGACCGCUACCCGUCUCUGCUGGGCGGCUGCGGGAAAGACAUCUACAGGAUGAGCAACUCGUUCACGGCUAUAGCCAGGCUGCUGGGGAGGCGGCUGGAGGAGAAGACCGCCGCCCACUGCAGGUUGGACGAUACGUGUCCGUCUCACCACCUGUCCCUGCCCGGUGGCGGAGGGGGAAGAGGCGGGCUGUCGGAGCAGCGGCUGCAGCUGAAGAUCCAGGCCUUCGAGGAGAAACUGAAGGAGGCCGGCGAGGAAGAGGAGGAGGAAGAGGAGGAGGAGGUGAAGGAGGAGGAGUCUUCGGUUCCCCAGCGACGGUUCAGCCUGAGCCAAGCUGUCAGGGAGGAGAGACGCGAGAUGAGAUUCAACAGGUCAAAGAGUCUCGCUCUCCAUGCCGUACGCUCACGCUCCAUCAACUCUGACACGGGGGAGGACAGCGAGGCCGUGGAGCUCGGCAUAGACAGCGCCUUCUCCUCUGCUCUGACCGAUCCAAACCGCGAGAACCGCCAAGACGCGUCGCCUCCCGAGGCGGAAGCGGACGGCGACGGAGCCCCGCCCAUCCCCGUCCCACUGGACAACGGGCUCAAAGAGACCGUGAGAGGUCAAAGUGGAGAGAAGGAUGUGGAGGAGAAGCAGGGGGAGGGGGACAGACUCUUCGUCCAUCUACGAGACAACAUGGAGGCCAUCAGGGAGUUCUGCAGAGACGCGGCGCAGCAGAUCCCCAUACCUGAGCAGUGUGUGAUAGAAGAUUCAAAUCGAGGCUGUGUGGCCAAGCUGUCCUUCUCCUGUCCUUUGAAGGGACACUACUGUCUGUACGCCAAGUCCAGCUUCAACCUGACCAGCCGGCAGCCUCACCUCUGGAUUCACAUCAUGCUGCUGCGUCUGCAGAGUAAGUCCAGUGUCCCACUGUGCACCGGGGACGAGUGCGUCCAGAGACUGGCGUCUCUCUGGGAGAAAACGCAGCUGAAAGGAGCUCACAGCUUCUCCAUGGCCAUGACGCAGAACGCCACCCCGCACAGGAAGGAUCUGGACAAUCUGCAGAUCCAGCUGGAGGAAGUGCGCUUCUUUGACCUGUUUGGAUACAGCGAGGAGGAAGGAGGCUGGCUCUGCUUCAUGUGCAACAAUCCAGAGAAAGCCACAGUGGUGAACCAGGAGGGACAGCCUCUGAUCGAGGGGAAGCUGAAGGAGAAGCAGGUCCGCUGGAAGUUCAUCAAGCGCUGGAAAACCCGUUACUUCACUUUGGCAGGAAACCAGCUCCUCUUCCGGAGAGGCAAAUCAAAGGACGAGCUGGACGACAUCCCCAUCGAGCUGAGCAAGGUGCAGAGUGUCAAGGUGGUGGCCAGGAAGCGGCGGGAUCGGGGUUUGCCGCGAGCCUUCGAGAUCUUCACCGACAGCAAGACGUACGUGCUGAAAGCUCAGGAUGAGAAACACGCCGAGGAGUGGCUGCAGUGCAUCAACGUGGCCGUGGCUCAGGCCAGAGAGCGCGAGAACCGAGAGGCCACCACCUACCUGUGAAAAGGGCAACGUUCAGCUUGUCCUCACCGACAAACGCCUGAGCCGACGAGGAGAGGAAACGUCACAGCAGGUCACCGCGAGGAGGAAAACUGACCCAUAAAACACAAAACACACACUGCCAGUAGCAUCUCAGUAGCACCUGUAUUCAGUGGUUUCUAUUUUCUGUCUUAACGGUAUUAAAAUGCCACUUUAAACAAUCAAAAACACUCGUUAUGCAGUAUUUCUACAAUCAACCAGUUGUUGAAAAAAAAAAAAACUGUUAUGGAGGAAAAGUGUGAAGAGAUUGAAGCUGAUAUCCUUCUGACUGGACCAAAA